AUGGAUCGAGUACCAAGUGGAAGGCGCAAGGGUUCUCUCAACCCAAGAGUUGUUGUGCUUGAUUCAUCAGAUUCUGACUCUGAAGGUUUUGUAGAAGAGCUUACUCCAGUUCACUCCAAGUCAAAUGGGAAGGCUUCAUCUGAGAGCCUAAAAACUGAUGGAAAGCCUUCAUCCUUUUCUAAAGGAGAGGCAAGCAAAGGAAAGGCAUAUAGUGGUGACAAAGGUGGAAAGGGUUCUGCAUCCAAUACAAUGCCUACUAAAUCCGAUGCAGAAUUGAAGCUGGAGCUUGAUAUCCCCCCAAAUUGUAGAAUGCUAAUGAACUGUGAAGGAGCUGAACUCUUGCAAGAAAUUCAUGAGCAUAUGGCUAUCUUAUCAGAGGACCCCGAGAUCAAAAUUCCUGAGUCAUUUGACAAAGCUUUCCAAUAUGCAAAAGAUGGAAAUCAUUUCACCACUGCAAACUCUGCAAAACAAGCCCUGGAGUAUCCUAAUAUUUUGUUUAGGCUAGAAACACUAGAACUUGCAUCUAUUUUGAGUUACAUUAUUUUAUCAAGCUAG